AUGGCUCCCAACCAAGGCCUGGUCCACCCCCGGGAAUACGACGUCAAGGACAGCAACGUGGAGCUCAUAGGAUCCGACAUUGACCACCGUGUCAAGUACAACUCGGCUGCCACGGAGCCCGCGUGGAACGACGGCGCAGUGGGCGCCAAAGCAGGCCUGCGCGUAUGGCGCAUCGAGCAGUUCCGGGUCGUGCCCUGGCCCGAGGACCAGUACGGGCAAUUCUACGACGGCGACAGCUUCAUCGUGCUGCACUCGUACCGGGCCGGCAGGGAGUCGGACAAGCUCGGCCACGACAUCUUCUUCUGGCUGGGAAGCCGGACGACGCAGGACGAAGCCGGCGCCGCGGCGUACAAGACGGUCGAGCUGGACGAGUUCCUGCACGGGGCCGCGACGCAGCAUCGCGAGCUCCAGAGCGCGCCGUCCGACGAGUUCCUCGCGCUGUUCCCGCGCAUGUCCAUCCGGUCGGGCGGCGUCCGCACCGGCUUCCGCCAUGUCCAAGAGGACGCCCCCAAGGCGCCGACGCGCACGCUGCUGCGUGUCUUCAAGAGCCCGUCUGCGUCUGCGUCUGCGUCUGCCGCCAACGGCCUCGUCGUCCACGAGGUCGAGCCCGCAGUCGCCAGCCUCGACGACGGCGACGUCUUCAUCCUCGACACCGGCCACAAGAUCUGGGUCUGGCAAGGCAAGGCCUGCAGCCCCAUGGAAAGGGCCAAGGCCGCCCAGGUCGUCCACGACAUGACGCUCGCCAAGCACGUCGACGUCGAGGUCAUUGCGCAGGACGAGUCCCGAUCGCGCCGCAUCACCGAGCUGCUCGAUGGCGGAGACGACUCACCCCGGGACGGCUUCAGGCAACGCCGCCCGAUGGCCGCGGCUGCGUCGAGACGCUCCGCCGGUGACGCUGUCCAGCGCCCGAGGAAGCUGUUCCGUCUCAGCGAUGCCUCUGGUCAUUUGACGUUUGAUCUUGUCAAGGACGGCGGUCGCAUUUCACAAGCCGACCUCGACGGCAACGACGUCUUCUUGCUCGACGACGGCAGCAGGGGCGUUUGGAUCUGGGAGGGCGUCGGUGCUAGUCGACAAGAAAAGGCCAGCUGGCUGUCUGUUGCACAGGCUUACAUUCGGCGUCUUCAGAGCGGUAGUCCUGAUGGUGAGCAUCACCUGGUGCCUUUGGCAAAGGUUCGCCAGGGGAACGAGAGCAGGGCUUUCCUCGGGGCUAUAGCGGCAUGUUAG